CUCCGGGGUUUGGCACAACCCAUAAGAAACCUGUUGGCCUAUACGGGCACCGCAUUUACCGACAAACAUUAUGAGACCGGUCCGGACGCUGAAACAUUUCACGGUCCAUGGUUCAAAGAGAAAUUCACCCUGGGUCUGGACUUUCCCAACGUACCAUACUACAUUGAUGGCGACUUAAAAAUAAGCCAAAGCCACGCCAUUAUGCGAUACCUGGCCCGUCGACACGGGUUGGUGGCCACCGACGAGACCGGACUCGUGCGCCAGGAUAUGACUGAACAACAGUUGGCGGACAUAAGAAUGGGUUUUUAUAUGGGAUUUGCGUAUAAUUUUGUCGGUGAUUUGGCCGACAAUAAGGCAAAGUUUCUCAACGAGACUCUACCGCCACAGUUGGCCCAAUUGUCCCAAUUUUUGGGGGACAACCAGUGGUUUACCGGACGUAACAUCAAUUAUGUAGACUUCUUGGCGUAUGAAAUGCUGGAUUGGCUGCGGCUGUUGAACGCCGAUAGUGUCCGCAAAUACGAUAAUUUGUGGCAAUAUUUGUAUAGAUUUGAGAGUUUGCCGCAAAUUAGCGCUCACAUGAAAUCAUCGGGUUUUAGACGUUUGCCAAUAACGGCCACAUUUGCAAAGUGGGGAGGGGAGGCGUUCAAUCUGCGCGGAAGGGCUCAACCCAUACGAACACUGUUGGCCUAUACGGGCACCGCGUUUACCGACAAACUAUAUGACAGCGGUCCGGACGCGGCCACGUUUUGCGAUCCUUGGUUUAAAGAAAAAUUCACCCUGGGCCUCGACUUUCCCAACGUACCAUACUACAUUGAUGGCGAUCUUAAACUAACCCACAGUAACGCCAUUAUGCGAUACCUGGCCCGUCGGCACGGGUUGGUGGCCACCGACGAGACCGGACUCGUGCGCCAGGAUAUGGUGGAGAACCAGUUGGCAGACAUAAGAAUGGGUUUUUAUAUGGGAUUGACGUAUAAUUUUGUCGGUGAUUUUGCCGACAAUAAGGCAAAGUUUCUCAACGAGACUCUACCGCCACAGUUGGCCCAAUUGUCCCGCUUUUUGGGGGACAACCAGUGGUUUACCGGACAUGACAUCAAUUAUGUAGACUUCUUGGCGUAUGAAAUGCUGGAUUGGCUGCGGCUGUUGAACGCCGAGAGUGUCCGCAAAUACGAUAAUUUGUGGCAAUAUUUGCAUAGAUUUGAAAGUUUGCCGCAAAUUAGCGCUUAUAUAAAAUCAUCGGGGUUUAGACGUUCACCGAUAACCGCCUCAAUGGCCACGUGGGGCGGCGACGAGGCUCAACCCAUACGAACACUGUUGGCCUAUACGGGCACCGCAUUUACCGACAAACAAUAUGACAACGGUCCGGACGCGGCCACGUUUUGUGGUCCUUGGUUCAAAGAAAAAUUUACCCUGGGUCUGGAUUUUCCCAACGUACCAUACUACAUUGAUGGCGAUCUUAAACUAACCCACAGUAACGCCAUUAUGCGAUACCUGGCCCGUCAGCACGGGUUGGUGGCCACCGACGAGACCGGACUCGUGCGCCAGGAUAUGGUGGAGAAUCAGUUGUGGGACAUCAAGAAUGGCUUUUACAUGGGAUUUGCGUAUAAUUUUACCGGUGAUGUCGCUGACAACAAAGCCAAACUUAUCAACGAGACUUUGCCGCCACAGUUGGCCGAAUUGUCCCGCUUUUUGGGGGACAACCAGUGGUUUACCGGACGUAACAUUAAUUAUUACGAGUACGGCAAAGACGCGGUCACUUUUCGCGAUUAUUGGUUGAAAGAGAAAUUCACCCUGGGCCUCGACUUUCCAAACUUACCAUAUUACAUGGAUGGCGAUCUGAAAAUAAGUCAGAGUAACGCAAUUUUACGACAUGUGGGUCGCAAACAUGGGUUAGUGGCCACCGAUGAGACGGGACUCGUGCGCCAGGAUAUGGCUGAGCAACAGUUGGUGGACAUAAGGUUUGGCUUUUAUAUGGGAGUGGCGUUUAAUUUUGCGGGUGAUUUGGCAACCAAUAAAGCCAAGUAUACGACAGACACUUUGCCGCAACAGUUGGCUGACUUGUCCCGGUUUUUAGGGAAUAACCAAUGGUUUACCGGACGUAACAUUAAUUUUGUAGACUUCUUGGCCGCAUAUACGGACAAACGGUACGGUAAGGGCACAGACGAAGUUACAACACGCGAUCAUUGGCUCAGCGAGAAAUUUACUCUUGGUCUGGACUUCCCCAAUGUACCAUACUACAUUGAUGGUAAUUUAAAAUUGACCCAGAGUACUGCAAUAUUGCGAUAUCUGGGUAGGAAACACGGGUUGGUGGCCACCGAUGAGACCGGACUCGUGCGCCAGGAUAUGGUGGAGCAACAGCUUAUGGACAUCAGACGUGGUUUCAAUACGGGAGUAGUGUUUAAUAUGACGGGUGAUUUGGCCGCCAAUACAGCCAACUAUAUUGCAAACACUUUACCGCCACAGUUGGCCGACUUGUCCAGCUUUUUGGGGGAUAACCAGUGGUUUACCGGACGUAACAUCAAUUAUGUAGACUUCUUGGCGUAUGAAAUACUGAAUUGGUUUCGACAGUUGACUCCCGAGACGGUCCGUAUAUACGAUAAUUUGUGGCAAUUUUUGGUGACAUUUGAAAGUUUGCCGCAAAUUAGCGCUUAUUUAAAGUGA